UAUUUGCGAUAAUAAUCGCUUUCCUUAAAAAGAAUAUAAUUAUCAAGAUAAUAAUCGUGGUUGAAUCAAAUGAAUUUAUCAUUUUAUUAGGUUUUCUUUAGUGUUGAUAUGCUGGUCCGACUGUUGGUGGUUGAGAGAAACGGUGGUGUGGAUCGUCAAUUUGUUUAGCUAGUUCUUUUUCAUGGAAGUUAAAUUCGGAGGAAUUAUGUUGGGGAUUGUAAGGCAAAAGGUUGGUGCCAAAUGCAUUAACUCAUCUGUAAAACAGUCUAUGCCGAGAACGUUAGAUGCGGCAAGAAGGUUUUCAUCCGCAGCUAAACAGAUGACAGUACGAGAUGCGCUAAACUCUGCUCUAGACGAGGAGAUGUCUGCUGAUCCGAAAGUGUUUUUGAUGGGGGAGGAAGUUGGUGAAUACCAGGGUGCAUACAAGAUUACUAAAGGUCUGUUAGACAAGUAUGGGCCUGAGAGAGUUCGUGAUACACCAAUUACAGAGGCUGGUUUCACUGGAAUAGGAGUUGGCGCCGCUUACUACGGUCUUCGUCCUGUCGUAGAGUUUAUGACUUUUAACUUCUCAAUGCAGGCAAUCGAUCAUAUCAUCAACUCUGCUGCAAAAUCAAACUACAUGUCUGCUGGUCAGAUAUCUGUACCUAUCGUUUUUAGAGGCCCAAAUGGUGCUGCCGCGGGGGUUGGGGCUCAACACUCCCAGUGUUAUGCAGCAUGGUAUGGUUCUUGUCCUGGAUUGAAGGUGCUAGCUCCAUACUCAGCUGAGGAUGCUCGUGGCCUUCUAAAAGCGGCUAUCAGGGACCCUGAUCCCGUUGUUUUCCUAGAAAAUGAGUUGCUAUAUGGUGAAUCUUUCCCCAUUUCAGCAGAAGUUCUCGAUUCUAGUUUCUGCCUUCCUAUAGGAAAAGCUAAGAUUGAGCUAGAAGGAAAGGAUGUCACCAUCACAGCCUUCUCAAAGAUGGUGGGUUCCGCUCUUCAGGCUGCGGAGAUCCUGUCAAAGGAAGGAAUAAGUGCUGAGGUUAUAAAUCUGCGAUCUAUUCGACCUCUGGAUCGAGAUACAAUCAAUCGUUCAGUCAGGAAAACCAACAGAUUGGUGACAGUUGAGGAAGGCUACCCUCAGCAUGGUGUUGGAGCUGAGAUCUGUGCAUCUGUUAUUGAGGAAAGCUUCGGAUAUCUUGACGCACCUGUAGAGAGGAUUGCCGGUGCUGAUGUUCCUAUGCCUUAUGCUGCAAAUCUAGAGAGAAUGGCGGUUCCACAGGUUGAGGACAUUGUUCGUGCAGCCAAGAGGGCAUGCUACAGAUCAGUUCCAAAGUCUGCUACUGCUUAAGCUUGAGCAACGAAGAGACAAGGGGUCUUUGUUCAUAUUUUUCCCAUUGUUACUUGGUGAGAACAGGAUGUUGCUUUAGCUUUCUCUGGAGAGGAAGGCAGGUUAAAAUAUUCUUUUUCCUCUCAAUAAAUUACGAUGUUGAGAAAUUUCUGCUUGUUUGUCACAGUGUUAAGAGGUGGAAGAAACUAAUGAUCUUUAUAAGUUUUACUUGUUAUUUUGGGUGUUCUUGUUUUAAUGUUCACAAGGCCACGAGAUUUUGUUAAAAAAUUGAGUUCACGCAGCACUAGAUUUUAAGUUGGUGUGCGUUGGAUAUAAUAAUAGCUCAUCAGCUGAUGCGUGUUCCUAAUUGGCACGAGUUGAUGUCUAUGCCUGAUAAUUGAAAUUGAAGAAAAUAAUUCACGCGU